AUGUUCAGCAAUUUGAUUUGGAUGUUUGUCCUGCUCUGCAUCUCUGUAGGAGAUGAAAACUCCAUCAGAGAUGCUGACAUUUUUCCUUCAUCUCCUGAAAUUGAAAGAGGAUCCUCCCUGAAACUAUCCUGUGUUCUUAGAAAGAACUACGCGCCACAGAGAAAUGCAAGCCACAUCAUUUGGAAAUUGAAUAAUGAAUUGAUUGCUCCAGAAAACUAUAACAUUGUGAAUAAGACUGUAUCUAAUAUAACCAUCCAUAAUUUCACUUACAGCAUAGCUAAUGUGGAAUGUUUAAUGAAGUACUCGGACAAGGAACUACCUUUGGCUCACACAGAAGUUAAAUCUGGCUUUCGUCCAGACAUGCCAGAAAAUCUUUCCUGCAUUUAUUUCUAUGAUGUUAACCUUACCUGUACCUGGAAUGCAGGAAGAGAAACAAGUCUUAGGACGAACUAUACUCUUUACCGAAAACAGAUGUCUUCUCCAAAUGUAUCAUCUCAGGAUGUCUUCUCCUGCCCGUCUGUAACAGAGUCGUGUUCACUUUCUUAUUCUGACAAUGUUUAUAGUAAUAAUUUUUGUUUUCAAGUGGAAGCUAAAAAUGUUUUGGGUGCAUCCUUAACAGAGUGUGUCCCUAUACCUUUGCAAAAAAUAGAGAAAUUUGCCCCUCCUGAAAUCAUUUCAGUUAAAAAAAUCCCUGGUAUAAAGCAGUUACUUACAGUAACCUGGAAAAUGCCUGAGAAGAUUAUCCCUUUAAAACAUAUUAUUUGCCAGGUUCAAUACAGAAACUUGUAUUCAAACUUUACCGAAUUUGUCAAUGUCUCACUGAAUUCUAAGAACAAAAUAGGAUCGUGUAAUCUCACAGGUCUGUGGGACUCCACAGACUAUUCUGUUGCCAUUCGGUGUGUCAAUAAUGAGUCAGCAUUUUGGAGUGGAUGGAGUGGAGAGAAAAAUGAAAGCACAGAAGAAAAUGCUCCUUCAGGAAAAGUGGAUUUGUGGAGAGUAAUUGAGUCUUCACGCUCAUCUAGAAAUAGAUCUGUACAUCUUAUGUGGAAGCCAUUAAAAAGCUUUCCGCCUUCUGGGAGAGUUCUAGGCUACAAAAUACAGUGUUUUCCAGAAAACAAGGCUGCACAUAAAAGGACAAACAAUUCUACUGAACAGAAAAUGACCUUACUUUUAAAUGAAGAGGCACAUAUCAUAUCUGUCACUGCUUAUAACUCUGCUGGAGAGUCUCCGGAAGCUAUUUUGAGGAUUCCAUCCCCUGAUGAAAAAUCCUCUCAGGUGAUUGAAAAAGUGGUAACCUCUACAACAGAUGAAGAAGUGGUGGUGCAGUGGAUAACCUCUGAACCAGAAACAACCAAAUAUGUGGUUGAGUGGUAUGAGGAAUUGGAGAUGGACCCUUUUGGUAGAUCAUGGCAAUAUGUAUCAAAUUCUACAGAGUGGAAAAAUAACAAAAAAAACUUUAAACCAUUUAUAUGCUAUAACAUCUUGGUGUAUCCUCUUUAUGGAAGUAAUGUAGCAGCUCCAUCUUACACACAAAUCUAUGUUGAAGAAAAAAAGCCAUCAGAAGGACCUGUGGUUGAUACAGGCAUUCUGGGGAAAAAUGAAGUUACAAUACAGUGGAAUGAGGUUUCAAAGGCUAAAAGAAAUGGAUUUAUCACUAACUAUACAAUAUUUUAUAAACCCAACAAUGGAAAAGAAUUGAAUGAAACAGUGAACUCUGAUGUUCUACAAUACAGACUGAAGUCCUUACAGGCUAAUACACAAUAUACUGUUCAGAUUAUGGCAAGCAACAAAGCUGGGGGAACCAUUGGAGAGCCAAAAACCUUCAAGACUUUAAAACUGGAUAAAGAAGAUAUCUUUUUUAUUGCUAUACCUGUUGAGAUAAGCAUUUUGUGUCUGAUAGGCCUUUGGAUGACGUGCGUUUUGAAAAAACACGUGUUUAAAAAGGUUUGCUGGCCUGAUAUACCAAAUCCUGAAGAAAGUCUUGCAGUGGAAUGGCCUCUUGCUUCAUCUGUGAAUAAUUCAUUUUUGAAGAGAAUGUCAUCUCAGACCAAAACUGUAGACUCUGAAGAAAUAAAUGUUUUGGAAUACUGUUUUCCUGAAGAAAGUCAGGAAGGAUCCCUACUAAUAAAUUAUGAAAACCAUGUUUCUGAAUGUACUGGUAUUAAUACAAAAGGCAUAACUAACAGAGAUGAAAAAAUACUGCAUAAUGAAGAGCAUGAAGCUGCUAAAAGUUUUUCCCCAUCCAUGCCUUAUAUAAUUACUGAUCAAUUUACCGGAAGUCAAAUGCAUUCAGCUUUGAUACCAGUGAAGGAAGUCCAGCCCAUAGAAGUGGUGGCAAGUGAUUUGUGUGGAUGCCAGCAGAAUCCAAUUAAAAAUGAAGAAAAUGACAAUGAGGAAGUUUUAAACCUGGAAGAUUUCAGUGAAAAGACACUGUUCAAUCCGUACCUUAAAAAUUCAGUUAAAACAAGGGAAUUCCUUGUUUCUGAGAGCUUGCCAGAGCACAGUACGGAUGAAUGCCGAAGCCAGUCAGGUGCCUUACUUCCUUUUCAACCAAAUGUUCUGGCACAAUCCUACAUAACAGCAGACAUGUUCAGGGUGGCCAAAGGUCAGCAGUGUGAGAGGGCUCAGUUAUAA